AUGGAGUCUGAAACGGGGUCCAGUCAUACUGGACCACCUCCGCCGAAAGAGAAGGCUGAACUCAGGACGUUUAUGGCCAGUAACCAGAACAUUCCGAUCGAAGCCUCUGAGAGCGGCCAAGUCUACAACACGAAGUCCACAAUUCUGCAAACGUGUCGAGCAUGGAUCCGUAAAGUCGGCGCCGAAGAAUCAGGCAUUGAGCGCGUACCUGAGGACGCACGCACUCAACAGAAGCCAUGGACUCUUGCGCUUCUCUUCUUCACCGGCAAUUUCAGCACUGCAACUCUUGCGCUGGGAUACCUCGGCCCUACCGUGUUUGGAUUGGGAUGGUGGGAUUCAUUUCUCAGCAUCCUCUUCUUCAACUUGAUUGGUGCCAUUUUCCCAGCAAUGAUCACACCUUUCGGCCACCGCCUCGGUCUUCGAACCCUAACAGUUCCGCGCUACUCUUUCGGAUGGUAUCCGGCGAAGAUGAUAGCGGUUCUCAACAUCAUCACGCAGAUUGGGUGGUCUAUCGUCAAUGAUCUGUCCGGCGCAGAUAUUUUACUCGACGUUGGCGGCGGCAAACUUCCAUUAGCAGUCUGUGUACUCUUGAUUGGCUUGGUCGCCGUCAUAAUCUCCAUUUUUGGUUACAAAUACAUUCACGUCUAUGAGCAAUACUCGUGGAUUCUGAUGCUGUUAUGUUUUACCAUUCUGGCUGGCUUUGGCGCUCCGCACUUCAUCAACGUUCCGAUGGGGUCCGGCUCGACAGAGGCGGCAUCAGUGCUGUCAUUUGGCACCGCAAUUAUUGGUUACGAGAUAGCGUGGGCUAUGCUUGCUGCGGACUAUAAUGUAUACAUGGAGGCGAAUAAGAGCAACUUGCAAGUCAUGGGCUUUUCUUUCGGCGGCCUGUUUGUUGGGCAGUUUUUCGUCGAGCUUCUAGGAGCGGCCCUAGGCACGCUCGUCAUGAGUCCCGACCAACGCUUCCAAGUGGCUUAUGACAGGGCCGGGAUUGGCGGCCUCAUAGGCGAGUCUUUCUCUGGUCGUGGUGCUGGCGUGAGAGGCUUGGGCAAGUUCGUGGAAGCUGUCCUAUCCUUCUCCACGUCUGCAACCAUCUGCCUUGGGAUGUACUCCACCGGUCUGAGUGCACAGCUUGUCUCUCGAAAGGCACUCAAAAUCCCUCGACUGGUGUAUACCCUUCUUGCAGGAGCCAUCUUCCUGGUUUGUGCCAUUGCAGGCCGUGACCACUUUGAAGCGGUCAUGACCAACUUCCUCAACAUGAUCGCUUACUAUAUUGUUCCUGUAACUACCAUCGUUCUCCUCGAACAUUAUAUCUGGAGGCGAGGUUAUGCCUAUGAUCUGGUAUCGUGGAAUGAUAGAGGCAAUCUUCCAAAAGGACUUGCUGCGACCACGGCAUUUGUCGUCGGUACGGUCAUAGCCUUGCUAUGCAUGGUUCAGGAAUGGUGGACCGGUCCAAUUGCCAAAGGAGUAGGAGGAAGUAACGGUGGGAUUGAUAUCAGCUGGAUUCUUGCUGCAGUAACAUCUACUGUGCUCUACGUUCCGCUCAGAUAUCUGGAACGCAAGAAGUGGGGAAUCUAG